AUGUCGGGAUAUUUCGAGGAACACAACUGCACCCCUCUCCCAGGAGGUUCCGCGCCGAAUCAUGCCCUCCACUUCGCUCGGUUGCUCCUUCACACUGGGAGCUGGGAGGAUCUGGAGCUUGAGUGGAGUCAAUUGUUCGGAGAGCCGUGUCCCAUCUGCCUGAAACCGUAUUCAGACGAUGAGGAUGAAGUAGGGGCUACUCUGCCGUGCAAACACACCUUUCAUAAAUCUUGUGUCACUCUCUGGCUUAACAAGACCAAUUCCUGUCCCUUGUGCCGACACGAGCUGCCCACAGAUGAUGCCGACUAUGAGGAAUACAAACGACAGAAGGCAAGAAGCAAGCAAAGGGCAGAGGAUGUGGAAGCACUACAUAAUUCCAUGUUCUCCUGAUUAUUGGCAACACACCAUAUGUAUCUAUCAUCAAUUCAUUCAUCUCAAUUUUCCUCAUUAUUGAUAUUCAUGCCUUCUUACUAUGAUAUACUGAAUGCAAAAAGGUUAACAACAAAAACAA